AGCUUGCGCAGUAGGUGUAAACAGGAAGAAACCUCUAAACGUUCGCGCAGAGAAACCCAGGAGACCAUCGGAGCUGUUGUUAUGCUUGAUAUUUUUUUCAACUGUGUAAUGCAAAUUGCGUGAUAUCGAUAUAUAUUUUCGCAAUAGACAGGCCUUAGUGUCCAAUAUGAAAUGUAUGACAUAUUGAAGCUACAACGUCUGUUGCUAACAAAAAAAACGAGCUAGGUACCAUACGUCGGUGGUACGAUACCAGACCAGAAUUUAGGUUAAUACAUUCUUUUAGUCUCACAAUUUCCCGCAGUCUUUACUCUCAAGACCCCGUAAAAUUUGUAUUUAUCAAGCAUACGGGUGUCGAUGGAAUUUUAUAUUCGCUAGUCAACGUCGGAAAUGCUUCAUCUUUGUUCGUCUUUGAAGUCGACGUGAAGUGGCCUACUAACCUAUAUACUUGUGUUGCUCGCGACUAGAACUAGCUCUAGCGCUACAUCCCCGUAGCAGGCGUAGCAUAUCCGUCUUUCAGUACAACGGCAGGAGUCGUGAAAAUGGUUCAAAAAGAUAAGACGGUGGACAAUCCUCAAACAGAAAACGAGGCCAGCCCCAGCCCAGCCUCCGUGGAAGCCUGUGUGGAUGCGCUGGGUCCCGUUGAUGGACCCGUUAUCGGUGUCGAGAGAACAGGCCGGAGAAAAUUCACAAGCGGAGUCGUCGAGGGGUUCUAUGGGAGACCAUGGACAAUGGAACAAAGGAAAGAGCUUUUCAGAAGGCUACAGAAGUGGGGGCUGAACACGUAUCUGUACGCGCCAAAGGAUGACUACAAACACAGAAUGUUCUGGAGAGAAAUGUACUCCGUGGAGGAGGCUGAGCAACUGAUGACGCUGAUCAGUGCAGCCAAGGAGCAUGGUAUCGAGUUCAUCUACGCCCUCUCCCCUGGUCUCGACAUCACAUUCUCCAAUCAGAAGGAAGUGUCCACGCUAAAGAGGAAACUGGACCAGGUUUCCCACUUUGGUUGCAAGUCCUUUGCCUUACUUUUCGACGACAUCGACCACAACAUGUGCCCGGCAGACAAGGAGGUGUUCAGCUCUUUUGCACAUGCCCAGGUGUCCAUUACCAAUGAGAUCUUCCAGUACCUGGGAGAGCCAGAGACCUUUUUAUUCUGUCCCACUGAAUACUGUGGCACCUUCUGUGUUCCAAACGUUGCCCAGUCACCGUACCUCCACACCAUUGGGGAGAAGCUGCUGCCCGGCAUUGAAGUGCUGUGGACAGGCCCUAAGGUUGUGUCCCAAGACAUCAGUGUGGAGUCCAUUGAGGAGGUGUCCAAGAUCUUGAAGAGGGCGCCGGUGAUCUGGGACAACAUCCACGCCAACGACUACGACCAGAAGAGGCUGUUCCUGGGCCCCUACAAGGGACGCUCUACGGAGCUCAUCCCCCGGCUGAAGGGGGUGCUCACCAACCCCAACUGCGAAUUCGAGUCCAACUACGUGGCCAUCCACACACUGGCCACCUGGUACAAGUCCAACAUGCACGGCGUGCGAAAGGACGUGGUCAUGACGGAUGGUGAGGACAGCACGGUGUCCAUCCAGAUCAAGCUGGAGAACGAGGGCAGUGACGAGGAGCUGGAGACGGACAUGCUGUACAGCCCUCAGCUGGCCCUCAAGAUGGCCCUCACCGAGUGGCUCCACGACUUCGGAGACCCCCACCAGUACAACAGUCGGCAGGUGCCUCACAGUGGUGCCAAGAGCACGGUCAUCGACGUCCCUGCCCUGGGCUGCUCCAGCCUGGGCGCCGCCACCACCGUCACCACCAUCUUCCAGCAGCCCAUCAUGAGCCCGGCGCCGGCCACCCUGGUGCCCGAGCUGGAGACCCUUCCCCUGGGCAAGGAGGAGGACGCUGAGGUGGUGGAGGUGGAGGAGGAGGUGAAGAAGGAGUCGGACGAGGAGCCCAUGGAGACUGCUGCCGAUAAACACGAGGAGGCCGUGGAGGAGGUGGUGGAGAACGUGAGCCAGAUCCUGACGGAGAUCGUGGCGGCCAAGAUGACGGCGGAGGAGCUGCGGCCCAUGGACACGGACAAGGAGAGCCUGGCCGAGUCCAAGUCGCCCGAGAUGUCCGUGCAGGAGGACUCCGGCAGCGACAUCGCACCCAUGCAGACGGACGACCAGCAGCUGCAGCACCAGCAACAACACCAGCAGCAGCCGCUGGGCGUCCUGUUGGCCUCAAAGGAGCCGGCGUUCGUGCCGGGGCCGGACGAGAAGCCCCUGUACACGGCCGAGGCGCUGACCCUGGAGGACCUGACGCUGCUGGCCGAGCUCUUCUACCUGCCCUACGAGCACGGCCCCAAGGCCGCCUUCAUGCUCAAGGAGUUCAACUGGCUGCGCGCCAACAGCAGCUACGUCAGCAUCAACUCCGAGGACAAGGAUCCAAAGAAGGUGGAGGAGUGGAAGACGCGUGCGGAGAAGUUUGAGGAGAUGUGCGGCUCUGUGAUCCAGAUGUUCACGCGGCUCUCCAACUCGGCCAACCGCAGCAUCCUGUACGACCUGUACCCCUACAUCUGGGACAUCAAGAGCAUCAUCUCUAUGGUCAAGUCUUUUGUGCAGUGGCUAGGGUGUCGUAGUCAGUCCUCCGCACAGUUCUUAAGUGGAGACCCUGAACCGUGGGCCUUUAGGGGAGGUCUAGCAGGAGCGUUCCAGCGUCUUUUGCCCAUAGACGGGGCAAACGAUCUUUUCUACCAGCCUCCUCCCUCCAUGCCCACCUCCAAACUCUAUUCCAUACGACCAUACUACCCUAAAGACGAGGCUUCUGUUUACAAGAUCUGCAAAGAGAUGUAUAGCGAAGGCUGUGAUGGCAUACCUUUUUCAGACGGCUCUCAAGCAGACCUGAUAGGAGAUCGGCUGGUAGGAGGCUUCCUGACGGUGAGCCCGGACUACGGCUUCGUGCUGGAGGACGAGGAGGGGAUCUGUGGCUACGCUCUGGGCACCGUGGACGUCAAGCCCUUUGUCAAGAAGUGCAAAGCCAGCUGGAUCCCCUUCAUGCAGGAGAAGUACGGCAAGCCGGAGGAGGGCGACGACAAAGAGCUCUCAGAGGCCGAGAAAAUGAUGCUGAGCUUCCACGAAGAGGAGGAGGGUCUGCCCGAGUCGUUCCUGCACAACUUCCCCUCCCUCAUCAAGGUCGAUAUUCACGCCAAGGUCACGGACCCCAGCGUGGCCAAGAGCAUGAUGGGAUGCCUCCUCUCGUCACUGAAAGCCAACGGCUCUGCCGGUGCCUUCUGUGAAGUGAGGCAGGUCGACAAGCGGAUGUUGGACUUCUACAGCAAGCUGGGCUGCUUCGAAGUGGCCAAGAUGGAGGGCUUUCCCAAGGACAUCAUCAUCAUGGGCCGCAGGUUAUGAGCCAAUCAAAUCGUUUGAUGGUGAAGAAGAAGGAAAAAAAACAGGAGGAGUGGGGAGGAGUGACAUCUUUUUAAGGAACAAAAAAAAGAUAGAUGUUGGGGGCGGGGAAUGAGCACAGAGAGUGUGUAUGUGUGUCGGAACAACACGGCCUUCAACAUGCCUUCCAUCUUUCAAGCCCUAGUGGGUACUUAAGCUUUUCCUUGAGUUUUUAUUUUUAAAUAUUUCAUGUAGUUCACCUCAACAGUAAGGUUUUAACCAAGGUAGCUUACUCUCUAUCUUGUGCACUGGAGGUUAGGAUGGUUGAGGCAUGGCUCUCUCUCUCUGCUCUCUCUCCCCUGUCUAUGCUGAGAGCACUUGUGUUUCGCAUACACAAACAUGGGCUGAGGCUGAAUUACUAAUGUCAGUCUUCCCUGUACAUUUUGCGUGUAUGGGAGUGUGUUGUGGGAAAGGAUUUGGACGCGUGUGGGUGAGUUGUGUUUUGUUAGAGACUGUGUUGUGUGCGUGCGUGCGUGCGAGAGAGUGUGAGAAUGAACACUUAAGAAUGAAGCGAAUGUAACUGAAAAAAAAAACUAAAGACGUGCUGCUGUGUACAGCAAUGGCUUAAAUCGCCCACAGAUUGGCCUUUCUGCAGCUUUUAGUUCCAUUCUUAUCCCACACCCGUUUCACAGUCAGCCGCCAACAACAAAGCACACAUCACGGUACAUUCAGACGGCUCAGACGGCACAGUCAGCUAAGCCAUUCAGACGUGCGCUAUGCCAUCUGAGGCAAGGCACUGAAGGCAGGGUGGUCACUCAGUGGGCUUGUCAGUCCCCCUUCCAAAUGGAAGAUCAUCAGUCAUGGCGCCCAUGUGUCUGGGAAUGCGACCCCGUUCGUAGGUUCCUCAAGAUGGUGACCUUCAGUUCAUACGGACUGUAAUACAGCAGUGCCAGAGGAGCACAGUGUGGUCUCAAGCCAGCCAUCCAUAUAGUCCACACCACACCAGGGCUCUAAAUUACCACCAGCCAACCGGCCAAAUGCUGGUGAACUUUCAGUUUGGCUAGUUAUUAAAAAGACCAACUUACUAGCCACUUUGACUUGUUAGUGAGUGUGUGUUUGGCUAGUAAGAUUUAACAUCUACCAGCCAUUUUGGCUGGUAAGGGAUAAAGUUAAUUUAGAGCCCUGCUCUCCCCACGGUUGGCUUCAGGACGGGGCUGGCCCAGCCCUGGGACAGAUCCGCUCAAGCACAGAAAUGCCUUUAGGCCUGCUGCCUUCUCCCAUAUAUACACUCAUGUAAUGGGAUUUUUUUGUUUUCCUUCUUUUUUUUCUGAAAUGUUGGGAGGACCGGGAAAAUGUGGAAUUUUUAGGCUGUCAUGACAGCCAAUCUAAUGAUCAUACGCCUGUUCCAAAAUUUUGACCAACUUAAGUAUUUCAUCGCAA